UCGUGUAAAAAUUAUACUACAGUGCGGACGCGUCUAAAUUCUAAAACUACUAAGUUUCAAUUUAGUUAUUACAAUCAUUCCACGCAUAAACAAACAAACUACGUGCCUUGUGCGAUUUUUAUACUUUAACCACAACUGAAAACUCAAUUAAAUAAAAAUGGCUGGUGGCAAAGCAGGCAAAGACUCUGGUAAAGCCAAAGCGAAAGCGGUUUCUCGCUCAGCGCGCGCGGGCCUUCAGUUUCCCGUUGGUCGUAUUCAUCGCCAUUUAAAGAGCCGCACCACAUCUCACGGGCGAGUUGGUGCAACUGCUGCCGUCUACUCUGCAGCCAUUUUGGAAUACCUAACUGCCGAGGUGCUGGAAUUGGCAGGCAAUGCAUCGAAAGAUCUAAAAGUAAAGCGUAUCACGCCGCGUCACUUGCAGUUGGCCAUUCGUGGAGAUGAGGAGCUCGACAGUCUGAUCAAAGCAACCAUUGCCGGUGGCGGCGUCAUUCCGCACAUACACAAGUCGCUUAUUGGCAAGAAAGAGGACUCCGUGCAGGACCCACAACGAAAGGGCAAUGUCAUUCUGUCGCAGGCCUAUUAAUAUAUAUUUUCUACUUUUUGACCAUUUCGGAAUAAACAAAAUUCACAUCUAUGUUUAAAAAUAAAUUACAAAACUUAAUGACGCGUUGUAACAUUUCUGUGCGAAGCUUCGAGGCCUAAGCAUAACUUCUAAUUUACAACAAUUUCAAACUAAGCCACUUCUACCGUCAAUAGGCAACAUAAAUAAACAUUCAACAUAA